UGCGUCCUUGGCGCAGGAGCAGACGCGGUGAACUUGUUUUACCUGUUUAAAGGCGCCGCCGGGUCAAGCUAACCAAGCUGUGCGGAUCGGUAACCGUUAUCCAAGACCGAUAAAAAAGCGUGGGAGAGUGAAAAUAGAAAAGUUAAAAUGACCACAGAUAACCACGGAGCGAUUUGACGCCACUGCAAGGAAUCAGAGCGUGUUCGUUGCUCAAGAAGCGGAAAUAAACAACAACAACAACAACAACAACAACAGAGGAUCCGCCAAAUGGGUUUCAAUCCAUCGGGAUGCCGGCGUGCAUUCGGAGCAGCACGCCUUGGCUCAGGACGCGUAUAAAAACGCACCGAUUUGGGAUGGAACCCAAACAUUGUCGAGUUUGUCAUUUACCGGAACUACCUCUGUGCUUAUGCGUCAACUCGGCGGCACCAAAGGAUUUAACUUGAAUCGCAGUCAGCAUGUCAAAAGUCAUCCAAAAGAAGAACCAUUGGAUCACCAAAGUGAACCGGUGCGUAAUUGUGCGGGACUCGAGCGGUGAGCUGAAUGUGGAGUUUCUCGGUGGAGCUGAACACGGACAGUUUGCCCACAUAGGACACAUCCGAGAGGAUGCUGUUCUUUACCGGGACGGUAAACUUAGCGAGGGGGAGCUCGUUCUGGAGGUCGAUGGGCUGUCCGUGUCUGGAUUACCCAUGUAUGACAUUUUAACCGUCAUAACACGCGUCAAAGGGCCCAUCGCUUUGAAGACUGUGCGUCAAGGUAACAAACUCAACAAAGACCUGAAGCACUACCUGAGUCUGAGGUUCCAAAAGACUGCCCCGGACCACGAGUUGCAGAAGACCAUCCGGGCCAAUCUGUAUCGCCAUGCUGUGCCUUGUACCACACGCUCCCCCCGAGAAGGAGAGGUGCCAGGGGUGGAUUACAACUUCCUUUCUGUGGAGGACUUCCUAGAACUUGAAGAGAGUGGAACGCUACUGGAAAUUGGAACAUAUGAGGGUAACUAUUAUGGGACCCCCAAGCCGCCAAGGCAGCCCAUCAUCGGGACAGUGAUUCUCAGAGAUGCUGGCUCCCAGCAGUCCACUCCAAAGCGUACCAAAUCCUACAAUGACAUGCAAAGCGUACGAGUAGUGAAUGCUGACGACGAUGAUGAUGACCAGGCCUCGGAAAUGAACAACGCUUUUACAGGAUCCUUAGUGCGUAGCCUCUUUCCCUCUCCUUUGUUGUGCGCAGGUAACCCUAGCGACCAGGAUGAGGGCCGCGGCGGCAUCCUCCGGCCAUACCCCGCACGUGACAACGCUCCUUCCUGUGGUCUGACCAAUGCAGCCAUCUCCACUGCGGACAGUGUGCGGCAGACCCUGGCUGAGCCACAAGUCUCCCCAGAAGAUGCAUUGGGGCCGUUGCCCGAAAACUGGGAGAUGGCUUACACUGAGAAUGGAGAACUUUACUUCAUAGACACAACAAAGGCACACCACCAGAAUGGAACUGUACAUUUAAAAAGCUUCCACAACACAAAGACCACAUCCUGGUUGGAUCCCCGAUGUAGAGACAAAGCCUCCAGGCCUCUGGAAGAGUGUGAUGAUGAUGAAGAGGGGAUCCAUACGGAAGACCUGGAGAGUGAUAUCGAGCUGCCGCCAGGAUGGGAGCGGAUAGACGACCCAGUGUAUGGCAUUUACUAUGUCGAUCAUAUCAACAGGAAGACCCAGUAUGAGAACCCAGUGGUGGAGGCGCGGCGUCGAAAAAUCCUGCAGGAGCAGCAGCAGCCGCAGCCUCCAGAAGGUGAGCGGUAUAUUCGAGAGUGGAUAGAAGAGCACUCCUCGGCAGCAGCGCCGCUGGUAAACUACGCUUCGAACCACCUCGAGACCUACAGGGACCCUCAAGUCCCGCCAACUCUACCUCCAGCCCCAACAGGAGCCAAACGGGGGAAGCCGUUUUUCACCCGAAACCCCGCAGAACUGAAAGGAACUUUCAUCAACACCAAGUUGAAGAAGAGCCGGCGUGGCUUCGGCUUCACGGUGGUUGGAGGAGACGAACCAGAUGAGUUUCUGCAGAUCAAAAGUUUGGUGCUGGACGGGCCUGCAGCCGUGGACGGCAAGAUGGAGACAGGUGACGUCAUCGUUAGCGUGAAUGACACCAUUGUGCUGGGUUACACCCAUGCUCAGGUGGUGAAGAUCUUCCAAUCCAUCCCUAUUGGCUCCAUGGUGGACUUGGCCUUAUGUCGCGGCUACCCCUUGCCCUUUGACCCCGAUGACCCCAAUACAAGUCUGGUCACAUCAGUGGCCAUCUUGGAUAAGGAGCCUAUUAUUGUCAACGGACAGGAAACAUUCGACUCACCGUCCAACCAGGGUCGACCGCUAAACGGCGUGCGGGAGCCUCGAGCGCACAGUCCGUCUGCUGAGGUGGUUUCCAACAGCCUGCAUGCCUACACCAGCGAUGUGGUCACCUUGGCGUCGUCUAUAGCCACCCAGCCCGAGCUGAUCACCAUACACAUGGAGAAGGGAGAUAAAGGAUUUGGGUUCACCAUAGCAGACAGCCUGACAGGAGGCGGGCAGAGGGUCAAGCAGAUUGUGGACUAUCCACGCUGUCGGGGCCUCAAGGAGGGGGACAUCCUGAUGGAGGUUAACAAGAGAAGUGUCCAAAACAUGAGCCACAACCAGGUGGUGGACUUGCUGAGCAAAUGCCCCCGAGGAAGUGAGGUCACAAUGCUGGUGCAGAGAGGAGUGGUGCCGGCUAAGAGGAGUCCAAAGCUGGUGCACCAGUUAGAGAGGAAAGACAGCCAGAGCAGCUCCCAGCACAGCGUGUGCAGCCAUCGCAGUGCCCACACGGAUUCUCCCAGUCACCCGCCUGCCAUGCCCAGUGAGGCUGUGGUGCCCGUUUCUGAUCCACCCACCCAGUCGCUGCCAGGCCUGCCCCCUCCGGACCCUACAGAUGGCACCCUCACGCUCCAGAAGAAACCGGACCCCUUUAAGAUCUGGGCGCAGUCCAGGAGCAUGUACGAGAGCAGACUGCCAGAUUGCCAGGAGCAGGACAUUUUCCUUUGGCGAAAGGAUACAGGUUUCGGUUUCCGGAUACUUGGAGGAAAUGAGCCGGGGGAGCCUAUCUACAUAGGUCACAUCGUGAAGUACGGCGCAGCAGAUGAGGAUGGACGCCUGCGUUCAGGAGACGAGCUAAUCUGUGUCGACGGCACAGCAGUGGUCGGCAAGUCCCACCAGUUGGUAGUGCAGCUGAUGCAGCAGGCCGCCAAACAAGGCCACGUCAACCUCACGGUCAGACGCAAGACCACCGGAUAUGGAGUGUCAAAAGGGGAAGGUGAUGUUCCGCCAUCGCCAGCUUCUUCCCACCACAGCAGCACCCAGGCACCGAGCCUGACCGAGGGCAAGCGGACCCCGCAGGGGAGCCAGAACUCUCUCAACACUGUGAGCUCGGGCAGCGGCUCCACCAGUGGCAUCGGCAGCGGCGGAGGAGGUGGCAGCGGAAGCACGGUUGUUCCCGCCUCGCUGCAGCCGUAUGACGUGGAGAUCCAACGUGGAGAGAAUGAAGGAUUCGGUUUUGUCAUUGUGUCCUCCGUUUCCAGACCCGAUGCCGGCACUACAUUCGCCGGAAAUGCUUGUGUGGCCAUGCCCCACAAAAUAGGGCGCAUCAUCGAGGGAAGCCCGGCCGACCGUUGUGGCAAGCUGAAGGUCGGCGAUCGAAUAUUGGCCGUCAACAACUGCUCCAUCACUAACAAGUCCCACUCGGACAUUGUCAACCUGAUCAAGGAAGCCGGGAACACUGUCUCACUCAGGAUCAUCCCCGGCGAUGAGUCUUCCAAUGCUUCUCUGCUGACCAAUGCUGAGAAGAUAGCCACCAUCACCACCACACACACCCCUCAACAGUCCAAAGAGUCCCGUAAUAACUCAAAGUCGAAAGGAGUUCCUCCCCCGCCACCAACACAAACUCAAACACCACAGGACAAUGAGUUCUACUCGGUGGACCUAGAACGUGACAGCAAAGGUUUUGGUUUCAGCCUGAGAGGAGGACGAGAGUACAACAUGGACCUGUACGUGUUGAGACUAGCGGAGGACGGAGCGGCUGUCAGAAACGGCAAGAUGAGGGUGGGGGAUGAGAUCUUGGAGAUUAAUGGCGAGAGCACAAAGAACAUGAAGCAUUCACGUGCCAUUGAGCUAAUCAAGAAUGGUGGUCGGCGGGCACAUCUCGUCCUCAAACGUGGGGAUGGAUCUGUACCCGAGUAUGACGGCACCAAUGACGGGCACCCUCCCACACCCGGGCCACAAGACACUUCGGAAGUGAGAACGCUGCCGCCCUACAGCCGAUAUCACACCUCAUCGGAGUCCAGUUAUCCACCCGACCUUCACAUACCAUCACGCCACGAGACUGAGACUGAAUGUGGCCGAGACAGGGACAGGAACAGGGUUGGGUCAGAUCAGAGGGACUACCGAGGCCAACAGUUCAACCCCGACCAUCACCACACCUGGAACAACAGUCACAGUCAAAGUCACCCCAGGCAGCCGUCCCCAGACGGCGGCACCAGGAGUGGCAACAAGAAGAGCAGAGGCCGUAAAGUCAAAAAGUCCGAGUCCGAAAGCAGCAUCUCGAAACUUCUAAAGACUCUGAGGAAGGAUAGUUCAGGGAAGAAACCUGCGGCUGCACAAAAACUCAGGGGCCAAGGACUCUCAAACAGCAGCUCAACUUUGGACACCAGGUUCCGCGCGCAGCGCCGCAGUUCCCUCGAUCGCUCCCCCAACCGAAAGCGCACCUCCUCCCCCGAUCGCAGGCGGGCCAAGUCGAUGGACCGCCGGGCAGAGCGAGCGCAACGGGAUCGUACACCUGAGAGGGAGUGCGACGACGGCGGAUUCCUCGCCGUCACUCCUGAACGGAAGUUCUACGAGCGAAGGUUCCUGAAGAACUCGCCGAUGGGCGGGCGAGUCAGGGAGUGGUCCACUCCGGAGCGUUCCAACAACAUCGGCGACUCGUCGUCUCUUUCCAGAGGCCGCACGCCUGACAGAGCCGCAAAGAACGGAAACCUCUUGAGACAUUCUUCCUCGGAGCGAUAUCGGAUGAACAUAACACCGGAGAGACCGUACGGAGUGGAGCGGGACUCUUCCCCGGACAGCAACUACAGCCGCGACGAGCAGAACUAUGCAGCAGCGCCCGGAGUAAAGGACUACUAUAGCAUGAUGAAGAACAACGCUGCACACAACAAUGCUGCAUUCAACAACGCGGGCCACAACAAUAACACCGUUGGUCCAAGUUCCAAACGGCUCCCUGAACCCAAAGGAAGCCUGUACAAAGAAAGCCCCAAAGACCUCAGCAUCUAGAGCAGAAACGGACUCGCCCCUUUAUGUGUACCAUACACUGGAACCGGACCACGAUACAUAGCGGAUUUAUUCAAUGACUCAACUUGUUGUGAUCCCAUGCAGAGAUUCCUAAAACAGCAGGAGUGCAAAUCCCAUCAUUGGUUGUUUUGUUGUCAUGGUUACGUUGCUCAUAGCAGGUUGUUGUACUAUAGUAGAAGUAUUGGAUGUGCCUGCGUAUGAAAAAAUCGGUGAAGUUGCUUUUGUCUGCAUUGCUGAAUCGUAACGUUUGGUUCCCUCUGAGAUAGGAAACAUACUUCCACUCGUGCUUUUUUUUUUUCAGUGUCUUUGAUUUUACGAAAUAAAUGAUAGCACAAUUCACCGAUGGCUUACAACAACUGUGAAAAUCACAUUGGAUUUUUUUUUUAUUUUAUUUAAAAACUGGAGUUAUCGCGGUAGAGAUUUUAUAUAUAAUUUAUUAUCCUUGUGUAUUUGCUCGCUGUCUUUUUUUUUAAAUUUGGCACAUUUAUCAACUGAGCGAGGUUAAAGCCGGAAGAAAACAUGCUUACUUCAUUUUAUGUUGUGUUCUUAAAAAUGUCUUUUAAAAACACCAUAUUUACAAAAAUAAGUUUACCCGUGUUCGAUUCCACCCUAAUUAAUUGGAGACUCCAAAUUGUCCAUAGGUAUGAAUGUGAGUGUGAAUGGUUGUUUGUCUAUAUGUGCCCUGUGAUUGGCUGGCCACCAGUCCAGGGUGUACCCCGCCUCUCGACAGCUGGGAUAGGCUCCAGCACCCUUGCGAGGAUAAGCGGUAGAAAAUGAAUGAAUGAAUGAAUGGAAAUUUUGAGGCUGCAAAGUGCACAAGUGGUUAGCAUGGAGGCCACACAGCUAGGAGACCCACGUUUGAUUCCGCCCCUCUGGCAUCUCUGUGUGGAGUUUGCAUGUUGUCCCCCCUGCGUGUGCUCCCACAUUCCAAAAACAUGCUAGGUUAAUUAGCCACUCCAAAUUGUCCAUAGGUAUGAAUGUGAGUGUGAAUGGUUGUUUGUCUAUAUGUGCCCUGUGAUUGGCUGAAAAAGUGGUAGAAAACGAAUGAAAAACAUGAAAACACCGAAUUUUAUGUUGUGUUCUUAAAAAUAUGUUACCUUUUUAAAAACCCCAUAUUUCCAAAAUUAAGUUGCUAACACCAGACCCGUGUUCGAUUCCACCCUCUCUGUGUGGAGUUUGCAUGUUUCUCCCCGUGCAUGCGUGGGUUUUCUCCGGGUACUCCGGUUUCCUCCCACAUUCCAAAAACAUGCUAGGUUAAUUAGCAACUCCAAAUUGUCCAUAGGUAUGAAUGUGAGUGUGAAUGGUUGUUUGUCUAUAUGUGCCCUGACAGCUGGGAUAGGCUCCAGUGAGGAUAAGUGGAAGAAUAUGAAUGAAUGAAAGUUGCUGUAAGUGAUGUGGAACUAAAUUGUAAUGGUUAUAUACCCUUAUUAAAGGAUGUGCCCAAGAUAAACUAAAAUAAAGAAGACUUUAUAAAGAAUGAACAAUAAUAAAAUGAUGCAGUGAAAUAAUAAUAGAAAUGGUAACAAGCAUGCACUGUGAGCGUUUCUAGGGUCAAAAUCAUCAAUUGACUCGACUACUCCCACUUGGCCAUUGCGUGCUGCAAUGCAGUUGUAUCCCAAAAAUUACAAAAAAAAAAAAUAGUUGCCAUUACUUCAAUCGAAGCAGAAUUUCCAUAUAAAAGUAAUUAUUAUUAUUAUUAUAUCCCAGCAUAAGAGACAACUGAUCUGCCAUGCUGAGCCACGCUGUCAAGCCACUGGAGUCUGGCUGCUGCUUUAUAAUGUGUUCUAUGUGUAUUCUGGCUUUUUUCUGUUUGGUUCUGGAAUAAUCACAAACAACGCAUUACUUGAUCAUCGUUGUCCACCACGGUACCGAAUCCAAGAAAAAGAGAAAAGAAAAUAUCGUGUUCAUGUUCACCUGUCCGUCAUCAGCUGUAAAGAUUUUUUCCCGUGUGAUUAUAAGGAACCUGUGGAGGAAUAAAAAUGUUGCCUUUUUCAUGUACAAAAGAGAAAUUUACGAUAACCCUCCGCUGUGAGGAAUGUGAUAUUGUGUUUUUAUCUUUGAAAUGGACCUGAUGAUUUAUGGGAACUAUGUUGACUUACUCUGGAUCAGGUAUGUAAAGACCUUUUUUUUUUUGAAUGAAAGACUGUAAUUGGUCAUUUAGAAUCUGUUUGUCUGUUUGGAUUUCUCGAUGGUUAGCCUGCCUUUGUAUUAUAAAGCACUUGUAUGCAGUCUGUGUUCUUCAAGCAUUAUUUCUUGCAAUGUGCUCCAGACAUAAUGCUGUGUAUGUGUUGAUAAGAGCAGUAUAUGGGCCAUUUUUUUUUUUU